AUGUUCUCUGGUGAGAAAGUGAAAGUGAACGGGUCAUCUAACUCCCUUUUCCCUCCUCUUUCAUCCUUCUCUCUGUAAUCAUACACACAAACACACACACACACACCCCCACACACACAGAAUGACACGGAGUGUCCUAACCCCCCUGUUCUCUCUCUCGCUCUCUCCUCUCCAGACAAACAGAACGACAUGGACAUGCCGUCUGUGACGCCCAAGGAGAAGGCUGGUCGGGAGAGGAAGAAGCAGCAGCAGCUGAUGACUCAGAUCAGCGGAGUGAAGAAGGUCUCUCAUGGACCCUCCCUCUCCAACUCCUCCAUCUCACGCUUCGGGGUCAAGACGGACAAGGAGGACAUGCUCUCCAAGGAACUGGAGGAUCUGAAUAAGUGGGGAUUGAACAUCUUUACCGUGUCAGAGUACUCUCAACAUAGACCUCUUACCUGUAUCAUGUACGCCAUCUUCCAGGUAUUUAUAACUGGCUAUGCACUUCUACACACACACACACACACACACACACACACACACACACACACACACACACACACACACACACACACCCGCAUGCUCACAUAUGCAUGCAAUGCAGGCACACACUCACACACACACACACACAAUAUGUUAUAGCUGUACAUUUUGUACCUAAAACAGUACUAACUCAUAUCCUUGUGUCCCCUUUAGGAGAGAGACCUGCUGAAGACAUUUAAGAUCCCGACAGAUACGUUUGUGGCGUAUAUGAUGACCCUGGAGGACCACUACCAUGGAGACGUGACCUACCACAACAGCCUCCACGCGGCAGACGUGGCCCAGUCCACACACAUCCUACUCUCCACCCCUGCCCUCGAUGUAAGUCAACGACACUAGACUCUUACUUACUUCACACAUCCCUCAAAAUCAGAGCCCCACACCCUACCAUUACCUCACCAACCCUUAUCCCACACCCAUCUGAGCUCAUAGAACUCCACCUUAGUAUGCCCUCACCUUACUCUCACCCCAACCUAUGAAUCCUAUCGUACUGUAAGUCUUCCCCAGGUUUUUUAAUUCAAACGUGAACACCUUCCCUUGCAUUCUCCCAAAGUCGUCUUCCCUCAACCUCUAGACAUAAACCAUUCGUUUUCUUCCCUCUCUCCCUCUCUCCUUGCCCCCCUCCCUCACUCCCUCUCUCCCUCCCGCCACACAAUCUGUUCGUUCUCACAGCUUCGUUCCCUCCGUGGUUCUAUAAAUACAGUGGAACCUCAUCCAUGACGCAGUCUAACAGCAUGACCCAGGCCUCAACGCGUCACAAGCCGCUCUCUUCUUUUCGUACACUCACCCCAUCCCUCCAUCCAUCAUGUUUAUGGCCCUGCUCUUGCAGCCAGCAUACCCAGUGUCAAACCACUAUGGCUGGGUGCCGGUAGAGAGACAGAGACAAGGUUAACAUAAGCUACCCAUCUCGCUAAUGUAGGCCAGUACAGCACUCAUCUGGCUCUGAGAAGUGUUUACGCUAUGUUGGAUGUUAGCGAUAGCGCAAACUGAGCCAUUGGAAUCAAUGAGAGUGGGCUGCACUGAGAUGAGCUGUUCUCUGUUGCUGUUGUUUGAGUUUUUCUCUUGAGAAAUUCUUAACCCCGGACCCUCUCUCUUUCACACAGGCGGUCUUCAGCGAUCUGGAGAUCUUGGCGGCCAUCUUUGCUGCAGCCAUCCAUGAUGUCGACCACCCGGGGGUGUCCAACCAGUUCCUCAUCAAUACCAGUGGGUCUCUCUCCUACACCUGUUACUGCAUACCUCUACUGGGAAUAAUGUAUAGAUAAUGUAUAGAUAAUGUAUAGCUAUAUCCAUAUUCAUCAAUGUAGUGUUGAACAAGUGACUCAUUCUCUUUUAUCUUCCUCAGACUCUGAGCUGGCCCUGAUGUACAACGAUGAGUCUGUCUUAGAGAACCACCACCUGGCUGUGGGCUUCAAGCUGCUCCAGGAGGACAACUGUGACAUCUUCCAGAACCUGACCAAGAAGCAGAGGCAGAGUCUGAGGAAGAUGGUCAUCGACAUGGUCCUGGCCACUGACAUGUCCAAGCACAUGAGUCUGUUAGCGGACCUGAAGACCAUGGUGGAAACCAAGAAGGUGACCAGCUCUGGGGUCCUGCUGCUGGACAACUACACAGACAGAAUACAGGUAGAUUUAUCUUCGUCAUCAUCAUUCUAUCUCUUCGAGACCCUUCUCCUCUACCUAUUUUCAUUGUAAUAGCUGUAAUUAGUGUCUGGACUUCCAGAAACAUCGUUAAGAUAGCCUCCCGCUGGGAUGACCUCUGCUCCUUCACUCCAUCUUCAUCUGCCUCCUCCCUCUCUCCAACCCUGUUCAUUGCCUCAAAUCAAUCUUUCUUCACCUCUCUUUCUCCCCUAUCACUCCAUAUCACUCCCUCCUUCUACUUCUCCCUCUCUAACAGUUAUUCUCCCCAUCCUUCUCUCCAUCAGGUUCUGAGGAACAUGGUUCACUGUGCAGAUCUGAGUAACCCUACCAAGUCUCUGGAGCUCUACCGUCAGUGGACCGACCGCAUCAUGGAUGAGUUCUUCCACCAGGGAGACAGAGAGAGGGAGAGAGGCAUGGAGAUCAGCCCUAUGUGUGACAAACACACCGCUUCAGUAGAGAAAAGUCAGGUAUGAUAUUAGACACACAUACACACAUAGCACUCAAGCAUACACACCGACUCCUGACUCACCCCUUUUUCCCCUCUCCUCUCUCCAGGUGGGUUUCAUAGAUUACAUUGUCCACCCUCUGUGGGAGACUUGGGCUGACCUGGUUCACCCUGAUGCCCAGGACAUCCUGGACACUCUGGAGGACAACAGGAACUGGUACCAGAGCAUGAUCCCCCAGAGCCCCUCUCCUCCUUGGGCCACAGAGCAGGGGGAUCAGGAGGGAGGCGAAGGGGGCCAGGGGGGAGACAAGUUCCAGUUUGAACUCACCCUGGAGGAGGAGGACUCUGAGGGUACAGAGAAAGAUGAACAGAGCCAGGGGGAUGAUGAGGAGGAAGAGGAUAGUCUGGGGGAGGCGUCUCGGUCUCCGGUAGACUACUCAGACUGUCAGGACCCAGAGGAAUCCAUGGAGCCCACGUCGUCCAUAGAAAUCAUUACCCACGAUGCAUCACCCACAGACACAUAA